UACACGUUUUAAAAACUAAUGAAUCUGUUUCAAAUUAGGUACACAAAGUGCUAUUAUAUCAUUAAUCUUCAAUGUAUUAUCUAAUUGAUUGAUUUCGCCUUUAGAUUGAUACCAACGGGAUAUAAAUAUAGAAAUCUUUUCUAUUAUUUGGUCAAUUUUAUUCACACUCGGGCUUCCAAAAUGGCUUUCAGGUCUGGAAUAAUUUUUAUCACCAUCGUGUUGGGAUGCUUGGCCAUCCCAACGCCGCCCGAGUAUGACGAUAUGUCGAUAUUCUUCGACCAAGAAGAUUUCGACGACUCCUCCGACGCUCGCAUCGUGGGGGGCACGGAGGCCGCUAACGGGGCCCACCCCCAUAUGGUGGCUCUCACCUCUGGAACCAUACUUAGAAGUUUCCAGUGUGGAGGGUCUGUGCUUUCCCAGAGAACUGUGUUGACCGCUGCUCACUGCAUCGCUGCAUUCUUCAGCUUCGGGUCUCUUAGCAGCUCUCUCCGCGUCACCGUAGGUACCAACCGCUGGAACCAAGGCGGGCAGACGCUCAGUCUAUCCGGCAAUGCGACCCACCAGCACUACGUCAGCGGUACCAUCAAGAACGACAUCGGAAUGCUGUUUACGGCCUCUAACAUUGUGUUCAACAACCUCGUCAGACCGAUAUCGCUGAGCUUUGAUUUCGUUCCGGGCAAUGUGCAGGCUAGAGCUGCUGGAUGGGGCAGGACCAGUGUGAGUUAUUUUUUUUGUUAAUAAUAAGCAUACUUGCGCGGUGUUGCAAAUAAAUAUAGUGCCGUAAGAUAGGCACGAUUGCGU